AUGGCAUCCAACAAGAAAGUAGUGGUGCUCGGUGUCUUCGCCCUGGCCUUGCUCCUGGUGGCCCAUUGCGCGGAGGCGCACGUGUGCACGAUAAGGAACAGGUAUUACCACGGUCCGUGCAUGAGCAACAAGAAUUGCGCGGACUCGUGCAUCCAUAAUGACAUGGGCAGCGGUGGGUACUGCUCCUCCGCCUGGAAGCGUGGCCCCUUUGGAAGAAUAUGCAAAUGUACCUUUGAAUGUGGGGGAGAAACGACGCCAGCACCAGCGCUAGCAGGGGACGAGCCGCCACUGUACACGGCUGGGGCGGAAGUAUCCAAUUGA